UAAGCUCCUCGAGGGCAUACUAAACAGGUUUGUUUACUGAGGGUCUCUAUCGCUAGGAAACACGUAUUUUCAGUAUUUAUCUUAAAUGACGUGACGGAAACAACCAAAGACGAGGGUGUAAAGAUUCAAAGACAUGACGGAAUAAACAAAGAAAAGAAACACAAUUUAGCAACAAGAUCUACACGGUGAAAACGUUUCAAAGCAGAAUAUCCGGGUAAAGAUGGGGAUUAUUCCUUCAAAGAGGAAGAAGAACAAAGUGAUUGGAACUAUUAAGAGGCCGACGAUUGAAGUAAGCGAAGAACGAGAACCAUGGAAGAAUAUGGGAUUCAAGAUAUUUAAGGAAUCAAUGGGAGUGGAAUUUUUUGAAAAAAAGAUGGCAGAGGCAGACGAGCCUCCACCAGAAGCUGGACCGUUCAGUGCGUCACAAUUAGCACUUUAUGUAAAAAAGUUUCAAGCCGGCUUUGUUCUCAGGUCACUUGUUACACAACAGACGAGAGGUGUAGGUGCAUCUGGGGUUGUAACAGUCCUAAACAACCCUCUCCUCCCUGCCCACGAAUUUUUUUCUGCAGAAAGGGUGUUUCCAGUCCGUCUCCGUCACUGUAAUCUCGUUAAGAUGGACGAUGCCGAAUUGGACAUCAGAUUAACGACUCUCAAGUUUGCCGACAGUGACUUUGAAUCACCUUUCGAUCUGUUUUUGUAUACUGGCGAAGAGGCUGCAUAUUGGAGCCUUUAUAGCUUAGACAAGAUGCUUAGUGCGUUGAAUGGAGACAUAAAAGCAUUUGAGACCUAUUGUGCGGAGGAUCCUUGGCACUUCUAUUUGACCAUUGCUGCAUUUCGUCGAGCUCCUAACUCAUUUACUGAUCAGCGGUAUUACUCGUGGAUGGCGUUUGAAUACAAAGCGAAAGACGGUGUGCCUCGCUACGCCAAAUUUCGCCUCGUCCCUGCUGAUGAUAGAGAAGAAACUGGACUUAUGACAGAAGAAGAGCAAAGAAAACCUUGGGAAACAUUCCGUUGGGAGGGAGAUAGGAGACCUAAAGAUUAUCUAACUUCUGAAUUUGAAGAGCGCAUGUCAGACGGUGGUAUUCAAUACAAACUUCAAAUACAACUACAUGAAAUACAACCCGAGGACUCACAUCUUGUUCUCCACGCGUCUAGAGUCUGGGACCAAGUCACUCACCCUUGGUUGGACUUAGCUAACGUCAAGUUGACUUCACUUAUACCAUUAGACGUAACUGAAUCAACACGCUCUUCGUUAGAAAAUAUGCCCUCAUCUUUGUCAGUGCCACCAGCCAAGACUAUCUACGACUACAAUUCCUCGGCGUACUUGAAAUUAAAAGUACAAUCUGGCUCAAGCAAUAAAUUGAAUCUGCGGCGACCUUCGAAAACCGGGGAAGAUAUGUCCAUUUACUGCAUCUCAGUUUUCACUGGCGAUCGAAAAUAUGCUGGUACCAACGCCGAUGUAACCCUCACCAUCACAGGAACCAAAGGAAGAACAAGACCUCUUUUGAUGGACAAAUUGCUCCAUGACGAUCUUGAAGCUGGAAAAGAAGAUACUUAUCUCCUUGCUGCAGAAGAUGUUGGGGAGCUUUUAAUGAUUAAACUACACAAUGAUCAAAGUGGAUUGUUAAGUGACUGGUUUGUGGAGAAAAUCAUGAUUACCUGUAGCCAAGAUCCCCAGAGGCUUUAUGAAUUCCCUUGCUUUCAGUGGGUACAGAGUGAAUCCGUCUUCUUCGAAGGAAAAGCGUUACUUGUCACAGAGAAGCAGCAUGAAGCAGUGCAAAACCAAAGACGAAUUGAAAUUCAACAGAGACAAGAACUGUUCCAGUGGGGAGACGAUCCUGUAUUUCACUGUUUACCUGGAUAUGUCAAGUCUGAAAAUUGGAAAAAACUACCUAAAGAUGUCCAGUUUACCACUGAAGCCGCCGAUGACCUUCACACAGCCAGACAGAAAGCUCUAAUAAACCUUGGCUUGAUAAAAUUAUGGAAUAUCUUCGAUUCUUGGGAAGACUUUGAUGAUUACCGUAAGGCGUUCGUCGCUUUUGUUGGUGAUGUUCCACAAGCCGCCGACCAUUGGCAAGAAGACAACUUCUACGGAGCGCAGUUCCUGAAUGGCUGCAACCCUGAUACAAUCAAACGAUGUACUGAACUCCCCCCUAGCUUCCCCGUCACACAAGAGCUGAUUGGCAACCUUCUUGAUGAGGGUGAUACAUUAGAGAAAGCAAUGAAAGAAGGUCGUCUUUACAUGGUUGAUUUCAAGAUCCUUGAGGACAUCAAGCUUUACGGCUGGAAUGACGAGAACUUAGAGAAGCGCUACAUAUCUGCGCCGUUUGGGUUGUUCUAUGUCAAGGGCACUGGAGACAUAGCACCCAUAGCAAUUCAGUUCCACCAAGAAACGAAUGAGACCAACCCAAUAUGGACCCCAAAUGAUUCCGAGUUGGACUGGACCUUCGCUAAGAUGUGGUUGCGCACUGCAGACGUUCAGUGGCAUCAGAUGAUCACUCACCUUCUUCGAACUCAUCUGUUCAUGGAACCGAUCGCUGUUGCAACCUGGAGACAGCUUCCCUCCGUCCACCCUUUAUGGAAACUACUGAUACCUCACAUAAAGGGAGUUUUGGCCAUCAACACCGUUGCAAGGGAAUUACUGCUUCCUGCGGGGGGUGUGGCUGAUCACACACUUAGUGUGGGAGGCGGAGGUCACAUUGAUCUCAUGAAAAAGCACUACAAGGACAUAAAUUGGUCAUCGUAUGACCUACCAAAUGUCCUAAAGGAGAGAGGAGUGGACGAUCCAGACAAACUUCCAGGAUUCCACUAUCGCGACGAUGCUUUGCGACUAUGGCAGGCCAUAAAUGACUUCGUCAAAAGGAUGCUAUCGAUUUAUUACAAAUCAGAUGAGGAUAUCAAAAGGGACACAGAACUCCAAGCGUGGAUCGAAGACAUUCACAACAAUGGCUACACUGUCCGGGAGGGUGAGGCGGACCAUGGCUUCCCAUCGUGCGUUGCAAGCUCUGAGCAGCUGGCCAACCUACUUACUAUUGUCAUAUUUACCUACUCUUGUCAACACGCAGCCGUCAACUUUUCUAUGAUGGACGUGUAUGGCUUCUCUCCCAAUGCACCUACUCUCAUGCGACAGCCUCCUCCAACAGAGAAGGGCAAACUGACCAUGGAAGACGUUAUGAAAAGCCUGCCCAACCAGCACCACGUAGGAGUUGCUAUAGCGACCGUCUACGAUCUAACACGCAUAUUUCCUGAUGAGCGUUUCCUUGGUGAUUACUCUGAUGGCUCCUUUACUGACAUGGCUGCCAGAGAGGCCAUUUUGCUCUUCCAAGGAAAACUUAAUCGUAUUUCAAGGUCCAUAAAGAAAAGGAAUGAUACUUUGAAGUUUCCUUACAUUCAUUUACUUCCGGAAAGAAUACCAAACAGUAUAGCUAUUUAGGCAUGGUUCCGCCAAGAUACUCACAUAUCAUUAACACCCAGAUAUGGGUUCCAGUGUGAAAUAGACAGGAAAUACUUCUCAGAAGUACCCUGGAUAUCAUUGAACUGCGCAUCGAAUGAACGAUUCCAGAAUGCUAUUUCUCCGAUGAUAUGAAUCCCGAGUCAAGUUUUUCGUAUGUGCCAUUUGGACCAUGUACUUGUACUCUCUCAGUAUAUAAGGUUGAUGUUCUCUUUCAAGGAUAAAUGAUUAACCAAUAAACAUCCGACGAUGAUCCAAGUCGCAUCAACUUGAUGAUUUAAUCCGAGAAAUGUAGAAAAAUAAAUUUAGAAUAAGA